AUGGCGAUUGUAUCCGGCUCCUGCGUUCGGGUCAACGGCUCCCGGACCGGGCCUUCCUCCUCGGCGGUUUCUGCGGCGGCCACCCAUACCCCUUCUCCGCUGUCAGGCCAUUCGCAGCCCAUGAUAGCCGUGUGGGAAUGGCAGGACGACCUGGGCCACUGGCGGCCGUACAGUGGCCAGGUGAGCGCUUACAUCGAGCGCUGCCUAUCGCCGCGGGGCCACCGGGGCGGCACGCUCGGCGCGGCCACCAUCUGCCUGGGACAGUCGGAUCCCAGCCUAUCGCCUUAUCUUAUUGACGUGGCGAGCCUGAAGCAGUUUCGACAGGACACGGGAAAGACCCGUUCUGUGCGGCGCUCUCUGUUCGCCCAAUCUUCGGGCCUGGGUAGCGGUGUGUACUGGGAGUGGGCCAACGAUGAAGGUGGCUGGACGCCCUAUGAAACCCGUACCUCCAUCCUCCUGGAACACAGCUACCAGGCCAGGCAGGGCACGGCCGACCUGGGCCCGCACGGCUAUAACUACAUCGUGGACCUGACCUCCCUGGCCCAGGUCAACAAGUCGUCGGGCUUCAGGCGGCAGGUGCGGCGUCAAUGCAACCUGCCUUAUCCGCUGGCCUCCUUCGGACCCCCGGCCAUCCCCUCUGCGCUCCCGGCCGGCGUCCCUUUGUCCUCCGCCUCCUCCCAGGCAGCCCCGCCCUGUUCCUGCCAACAGUGUCUGAGCCACGGGGGAACGGGCCCAAUGCCCAGCCGUUCGCGCCACUCAUUCUCAUCGGGCAGCCUGAACCGUCCCAGUCUGCAAGGGACGAGCAGGGCGACAGCAGCAGCAGCAGCAGCGGCGGCGCACCCAACCUCAGUCUAUUCCCCUUACCCCCGAAGGCCCCUUUCUGUCGGGGCUAUGUCCUGGGGCACCCCCUGGCCACCCCCCCCUUCAGCUAGCCCCCUUAUGAGCAGCUCUUCGAGCGCAAACGGCCUAAGCAUUCCUUCCAUCCCCGUUCAGCUCAACGGAUCCACCAGCGUCAGCUCAGCCCUGGCAGGCAUGGCCUCCAUUUUGAUGUCAGCGGUCGGACUGGGCGUGCACUUCACCGCCACCGCCCCACACCCGCAGCCUCCGCCGCCACAUCAGCAUCUGCCGCCUCAGCAAUUCUCGCUCCCACCGCUGCCGCCUCCCGUCCGGUUCCCCCCCGCCGGCAGGCCCAGCAAGCCCCCCGCCAGCGGCAGUUCAGUUAAGCGAGCCAAGAGGCAGCACAGGAGAGCUUGUGUUCAGAGAGCCGAGGAGGUGAUCCAGCGUUACAUGGAGGCGGUGCCCGGUGUCCCCGAUGAGGAUUGCAUCAUCUGCAUGGAUCAGCUGUGCAAUCCCUCAGGCUACGAGAUGCCGGUGUCAGCCACAGCUGAGGAGGCCAGUCAGGGCAUCCCACCGGGCGCCGUGGGAAAGUUUGUCAAGUGUGGGCACACCCUGCAUAUGCUCUGCAUGCUGGCCAUGUACAACAAUGGCACAAAGGACGGCAGCUUGCAGUGCCCCUCGUGUAAGACAAUCUAUGGCGAGAAAACUGGCACCCAGCCAAAAGGCAAGAUGGAGAUUUACAGCAUCCCUCAAGCACUGCCCGGACACCCGGACUGCGGAACCAUCCAGAUCAUCUACAGCGUCCCGCCUGGAAUACAGGGACCGGAGCAUCCUAACCCAGGCCAGCCCUUCACCUGCCGGGGUUUCCCCCGCUUCUGCUUCUUGCCGGACAGCGACAAAGGCAGAAAGGUCCUGGAGCUGCUGAAGGUUGCAUGGAUGCGCCGUCUCAUCUUCACCGUGGGCACGUCCAGCACUACCGGGGAGCCCGACACAGUGGUGUGGAACGGUAUCCACCACAAGACGGAGAUGAUGUCCAACCUGUCGGGACAUGGCUUCCCGGACCCCAACUACCUUGACAACGUCCUGUCCGAGCUGGCCUCUCAGGGCGUGACUGAGGAUUGCCUCAAGGCCCCUGGCGGCAGCUAA